UAAAGCUAAUCGCUCUCGCGCAGGAAGGGUGGGCUUGCUCAAAGGUACAGGGUGUUCUAUGGGCACGUGACACUGGCGCGCACCGAGAAGAUGGAGGGCUCCGAGUACAUCGUCCACCCCAAGUACGACGACCACAACCUGUAUAACGACAUCGCCGUCCUGGUCCUUCCCUCUCCGCUGGUCUUUUCGGCCUCUGUCAGCGCCAUCUGCGUGCCCACAAAGCCUCUCAGCAUCGAGGGCAGCACGGGAGUCGUCUCCGGCUGGGGAUACCCCAAGGAAGACAUCAAAAGGACCACCACGCACAUGAUGUACGUCACCCAGAAGGUGCAGCCCGAGAGUUUCUGCGAAGCUGCGCUCCGGGGUCAGCCUUACCAUCCGAGCACCAUGUUCUGCGCCUACAAGCACACCUACGACGCCUGUCAGGGUGACUCCGGAGGCGGCUUUUGGGUGCCCGUGGGCAGUCGCUGGGUGCUGGUGGGAAUCGUGUCGUACGGCAUCGGUUGCGGCGUGCCCCACCAGCCCGGCAUCUACACGGACCUGGCCAGUUACCUGCCCUGGAUCCGGAAUAUGGUCAAGCUCUGACUAGCCGCCACAGUGAAGUGACUCUUAUCUCAA